GAUUUCUACAAAUAUAGAAGCUCGUUAAGUGGUACUUAAAAAUGUGUACUGCCAAAUACUCCGUUUAAAUCUAGUGUAGGUUUUUAAGAUAGUCCAAGUCAGUAUUAAGUUAUAAUGUUUUUCAGAAAACUAUGCGCACAAAACCUUUUAUUAUAGUAUACUUGGAAUUAUCAGUAUUGUAACAGUGACUUACAAAAUAUUUCUCAUGUUAAUUGAAUACCAUCAGUCUAAAACGAUUUCCCAAAACAUGAUUUGUCGUUUUCAUUUUUCAUUUAAACAUUGAACAGUAUUUAAAAUUUGAUCAUUUGUAAAACUGCACCUGACUAUUUAUUUAAAAACAGUUUUAUACACAUUAAUAUCUCCGCAGUAGUUUACUACAUACAGUAAACCGUCGUCAUCAAAUGCAAGAUUCACAGGAUUCGUCAAUUCAUCUCGCUUUGUUGCAUAACGAAGUAAUCUAGUGCCAGCCUUGUUAAACACCCAUAUGCUGGAUGCAAACAUAUCUACAACAUAAAUCAGACCAUUUCUACCAACGCACGCGGCGUGCGCCCUCCAGAACUGUGUUUCUUUACACCGAGUAACUUCCUCUCCUUCUGGUGUGACAACUCGAACAGACUUAUUUCCCCAUCUCCAUUCACAGAUUACGCUAUGGCCUGCAAGGUGGAGGAAGUUAUUUUUGCCGAUUGCUGUCGUCCAAUAGUUACAGUGUUCCAAUUUCAGCAGGAUAAAGAAGAUGGCUUCAAAGCAAGACAUUCCACUAACAACGACGAUCCGCGAUGAUUUCCUCACGUGUAAAAUCUGUUUCAGUAUUUAUGAGCAUCCAAAAAUCCUGCCUUGUGUUCACACGUAUUGCACCCCUUGCUUAGAGAAACUGUUGAAGACAUCCGAUAAGCCUGGUUCAAUAUCAUGUCCUGAAUGUAGAGAAUGUGUCAACCUGCCACACAGAACUGUAUCUGACCUAAAAACUAACUUCUUAAUCAACAGUCUCAUUGAGGUUCUGAAAGUGAAGACCAACAAAGACGUGAAAUGUACGACAUGUACACUUCGUGGAAAGACUUCGCCUGCCAAAAGUCGCUGUCUGGAUUGUGGAGAUUGUUUAUGUCCAAGUUGUUCUGAUGGACACAAUGCCUCCUCCACGACUUGGAAUCAUAAGAAGGUUCUCUUACAAGACAUCAGGAGAGGAUCAUAUGACAAAGAACUCAGAAACCUGCUCAGGUUAACCUGCUCACAACACAAGGACAAGGAAAUAGAGUAUUUCUGCGACACGUGCCACACACCAAUAUGUCUAGCGUGUGUUUUACUUGUACAUCGGGAUCACAAAUGUUUAACAGCUAUCGAGGCAGUUACAGCUCAAAAAGAUCGACUUGCCAAUCAUGCAAUUAAAGUAAAGGAAACAUUGCAUCGUCUAAAAAACGAAAAGAAAAUGGCCUGUGAGAAACUUGCAAGAGUCAACAAGCUUCAAACUCAAGCAAAUGCAAACAUAGAAAAGCAAAUAGAAGGGAUAAUCGCUCAAAUAGAACGCCACCGACAACAGGCAUUACAGUUGGUAGAGGACAGGAUAGAAGAAACGUUGAAGCAGUGUAAUUCACAGGUAGAUAAGGCAAAUUUAAAAAUAACUUUAGCAAAAGGAUGUCUGGAGUUUUGUGAGACGAUGAUAGAACAGGGAAAAGACGAAGAGGUGCUCUACCUUGAAGAGACGAUCACCAAGCGACUCCAGCAGCUUGAGGAGCUGCCCGCUGUGGAUUUAAAGCCAAUUGCUAGAGAAGUCUUCCCAGAUAUCACCGAACAAAUGUGCGGCAUACAAGACUUGGAAAGUUUGCUAAGGACGCAAGUGGAUAGUUUGCUAGAUACCUUCCAUUCCAACUUGCAGUUUACACCAGAAACUACCAAGACCCAAGAAAAUGUUUCCAUUCAACUGUUGCGUACCUUUAACACCGAAUACGACGCUGAUGACGUGUGUCCAGUGGUAAAAGGCAUGACAAUCACUAACAAUACUAUUUUACUUUCUGACAAUGCAAAUGGCAAAAUUAAAUAUAUUUCUACAGGUGGAAUUUUACAGAAAUAUAUAACAACUGGGGAAACAUUUUCACCACAUGCUGUAGCUGUGUGUAAGGACGUCACUGGUGCAAUACACGAAAAUGUCCUGUAUAUGUUCAACAAAAAAGGUAAAAUUGUGUACAGGAAUGUGAUAGCUGCCAAACCAGCUACCGGAUUGCACUUUACAUUCGCCCUUGCCAAUUACAAAAAUGAAGGUUUCAUUGUCGGUAACCUGCCAGAUAAUCAUUUUCGAAUAUACGCUCUCGAUGGGACGCUACAAACACGACUUCUGGUGCCGAUUGCCUUUCCAUUGGCAAAUCUGAGCGUUUCUAAAAGUGGACAUCUUGUUACCUGCGAGUGGGGAGAUAACUGUGUACGUGUUCGCAAUCUUCAGGGAAAGAAACUGACUCAGUGUGAGGUAUCUUCAACUUGGAAGGCAAAUGCAGCUGACGAGGACAGAAAUGGUUUUAUCUAUGUUGUUAAUAGUUUUGAAUCCACAGUAUCUGUGUUUGACAAGGACGGUACACAUCUACUACAACACUUCACUAAACCAGAUGGUUUUCGGAAGCCAGUGAAUCUUGCAUUCGACGACGAAGGUUUGAUGUACUUGGUCAACUCGUCAGGCAACAUAAAUGUAUAUAAAAUUAGUAUUGGCACUUCCACGUAAAUACCGGCCUCGGUGGCGUCAUGGUUAGGCCAUCGGUCAACAGGCUGGUAGGUACUGGGUUCAGAUCCCAGUCGAGGCAAGGG